AUGGAAGCUGAAACAUAUACCUGCUGUACCUGCAUCAUUCCAAGUCAUUUGAAGUGCGCGUGGUUCAUCGCCUUGACACAUAUUGUCGUCGGAAUGUUGUUGUUUGUAUUUGGAAUCUUAGAUCGACUCUACAACGAGUAUUGGAUAGAGCGAUUAUACUUUGCAGUCUUUUGUGGAGUUAUGGUAGGUUCGCAUUGCCAAAUAAUAAAGCUUAGACUUAGGCUUACAUAUUUCAGAUAUUUCCGCUUACAACUAUACGGCUACCUUAUAUAUAACUCUCACUUAAUUUCUCAAUUUCGCGAGUAUAAAAUUUAGCAAUUAAUUGUUAGAUGAGGCUGUGAUCUGAAGCGUAAUAGGCCUCGGCAGAUAAACGCCUCGAUCUCCAACUUCAUCCUUUAUAGGAUUUGAUACUCAGCCUCAUCCCCCGGGAGGGGGCGGAGCGAGAGGGGAGGGGGUACUCGCUUUGAUGGCCUAUACGGAGAGGCUCGGCCCGAAAGGGGUACCUUUUUCAUGUUUCAGGUAUAUGAAUGGGUAGAAAUUCACCAGUUGAACUUUACAAAAGGGCAGAUAAAUCUAUCAUUUGGGUCUGUACUAGGGCUAAAAGAUGAAUUUUAUGGCUUUAAUUAAAAAGUCGAGAAAACGUUCUAUUUUUGUGAUUAGUUCUUAUUUAAAAGACACAGUGCAUUUACAGCAGUUAAAAGGGAUGCAAAGUUCUUAACAAGGUAUGUGUAAGGGGUACCAUUUGUCAACAGAAAAUAUAUGAAAGGGGCACCUUUUUCGUGAAAAAUGGUAUAUAAAAGGGUAAGGGGUUGGACUUCGGGGCAGAGCCUCCCCGUAUAAAUUUUUGUUGAGUACCCCGGGGCCUCAUCCAAUAAUUGCUGCAUAUUGAACAGACCUGAGUUAUAAUUGUUCCACGUAAGGGAAUCCGGAUUCUGUAAUCUGGAAAAGUUUUGCCUCUGAAAUCCGGAAUCCAGGAAGUUUUUCUUGUGGAAUCUGGAAUCUUGCCUUAGGACUCUGGAAUACAGCAUUAGAUACCAACUAAAUGAUUGGUAUCUGGAAUCCAGUUUCUCGGAAUGCCGGGAUCCACAUUGUGGAAUCAAGAAUUCAAGACUGUCUUGCAUUUCCUUACGUGGGGAGACCACAAGGUGACAGCAUGUAUAACCCCUGGGGGGUGGGGUUACCCCCUACCAUGGCUUAUUUCAGGAGGUGCCCCUUUCAUUCUUCAAGUAUAUUACUACGUAAAGGGUAUGGAAAUCUGUCUCUUUUUUUGUCUGUAAAGUGCAUUUAAUGGCUGUGAAAAAGGUGAGAAAAUGUUCUGGUUUUGUGAUUUAUUGAUGUCUAAAAGCCAGUGCAUUUUCCGCACUUAAAAGGUAAUGAAAUGAAAUUUCUAAUCUACAUACAUUAGAACUUGGGUCAGUUGAAGUGUUUGGUGUGAAGUCUCUGCAUACAAAUCUUUAUUGAGUACCUCAAGAUCCUGGGGUAUAAGCGCUGUGCAGAAUUUGAAACUGUAGGACUUCUCUUGAUCAUAUGCAGUGUCAUACAUCAACACGGGCACACAGAUUUGAAUGUAAAUUUUUCAAUAACAGUCAAGUGUGUCGUGCAUCGUGCUUAUUUGAACAUCUCAAGUUUUUUUAGAUAUCUGCAUUUAGAGUGAAGGAGGAACUACGUAUAAAGCAACUAAAUAGGUUAUUAAUUCUAAUCCUUGAUGACUAACCCACCAAAAUCAACACUCACUCUUUAAUACAACCUCUUCAUCUGGACUGAGACAUACAUGUAAGGCUGCAAUGAAACGUCACCAAUUUCGAUAACCUAGGCCAAUCCCUCUCUGUCUUUUCUUAAUGAAUCCUUAAUCAUAAACAUUUUUUUUACAGAUGUGCAUUACAGGAGCUCUGGGAAUUCUAGCUACUAGAAAGAAUGUAAGAGAGAUGACAUGCUGUACCCGCAAGAGCUUGGUAGGUUGACAAAUAAAAACAUACCAUAAAAUUUAGGCCCAUUUAGAUGGUACGAGUUUUGCUCACGAAAUCCAAGAGAUUCAAACUUUUAUCAUGACUCAUUGACUCACUGACACUUAUUUCUUACAUCCAAAUGUCAGUGACUGUCAACAACCGUCCUAGUUUUAGGACUACAGUCAACUCUUUCUAAGACAGACACCUUUGGGACCGGUACUAAGUGUCCAUCGUAGAGAGAUGUCCGUCUUAUAAAGAGUCAAAUAAAAGGAGUAAAGAAAGGCAGGGGCCAACUCUAGGUGUCCGUUUUACAGAGGUGUCUGUCUUAUAGAGGUGUCUGUUAAGAGAGAGUUGGCUGUACACUCACCAGGAUGACAAUGCUCCACCUACUUAAAAUAUGAGAUUAUUUACAAGCCCCCUGAUGUUUGAUAAUCUAUUUCCAGGCUGGAACAUUCUUAGGUUUUGACAUUGUCUCAAGUGUGUUUGGUGGUGUAGUCUUUGUUUCCUAUGGCUUUGUCACUGCAAUCCGAUGGGGUACUGGUGAUGGAGUUUAUUACAGUAUCUGUGAUGCACUUUGUAAAUCACAAAAGGCUAUUGGAUUUAGCAUCAUGAUACUCGGCAUUUUGGGGUGUAUUAUUGGAUGUGCAGGUUGCUGCUGUGUUGCGACAUCUUCUGGUCAGGUAAUAGAAAGAAUAUUAAAACUAGUGUAUGCAAUUUCUCAAAAUAUUUGUAUAUUUUUUCCGGUAGCUUGGAUAAUAUCCCUGCAAUUUAUAGUCUCAAAAUUUAUUUUAAGUAAAAGUAAUAAGUAACUUGUUCUUUUUCUGUGAUAAAAUAUAAAAAGCGUGUCAUAUAUUUUACCAGGCUGAACUAAUUUCAAGCCCACCCAACGUUUCUGGUAGUCACCCCCAGAUUGCGUCUAUGCCUCCUCAAAGUAUUGCCCAGGAAACCCGCCUGCCUCCACCCUAUGGUGUUGACACCCAACAUGGUUCCCAGGAUCCUGAUCUCCUACUUGUCCCCUUGGCGACGACUCCAGUACCUCCUCAGGAAACUGGCCGGCCUCCACCUUAUACUGGUGACACCCAAACUUGUUCCCAGGGUCCUGAUCUCUUGCUCGUUCCGUUAGAGGCUACUCCGAUCCCUCCUCAGGAAAUUGACCCACCUCCACCUUAUCAUCAAAUUUCCACAACUGAGUCUGACACGUGGAGCUUGCAUGAUGGAGAUCAACCUCCUCCGUAUAGUACGUGUACAGAACAACAAGUAAGAGUAAAGUAUUUCGUUUCAUUGUUCAGGAAGCGUAUAAAUACUCUACCACUUAAAAUGGACUUGUUCACUAAAUUCGGGACUUUUUAUUUAAAACCAAUUGCACACUUUUUCUUAUUUAGUUUUCUUAUCAUUUUAUCAGAUUUUAUAUAGUUCUUCCAGAAUUAAGGUUAAUUAUAAAGCCUUAACCAUUCUUGUAGAUCGCAAAAAAAAAUCUUGAAAAGCGGUUUAGAUCGAGCCACCUUAAAUUUCCGGGAGGUAAAAUGCGGCUCUGAGGUCUUUUAAUUCAUACUGUGUCAAACUCUUUUGAUUCAGUUGCUAAAUCUUACUUGUAUUCUUUCUUUUUUCUAGCAUCCUGUAAUGACUUACGUGUGAAGUUGGAGUCUCCAGUUCUUAACUAACAAUUAAUNAAAUCUUACUUGUAUUCUUUCUUUUUUCUAGCAUCCUGUAAUGACUUACGUGUGAAGUUGGAGUCUCCAGUUCUUAACUAACAAUUAAUCUUCAUCAUCUACUAAUGUAACGUUCCGGCAAACUUUCUCAUGCCACUCUUGGCGCGCUAAUUGAUGAAAAUCUAAAGCCCCUGCAAAUGGACGCACCGUUGUAGACCAAUAACUCCCAACAUUAUUGGAUGUUAUAUGUUGCGUCCGUUUGCACACCCUGUUGCGUGUUGCUGGGAGUCAUUAUGUCGCGCAAAGUUUGAAACCGGUCAAACCUUUAGCCCCGUGCAAACAAACGCCAUGAUACUACAAUGUGUAUCAAAUGACUUGGGGUGGCAAAACCUUGAAACCCAACGUCUCAUUCAAAAGGCAGUGAUGGUGUAGCCUUGCGCCUGAUUACCUGUCUCUAAAAUUUAUAUGACGACGCAGUAAAAUAUUUAAUCCCUAUAAGCUUGCUGUCCUCUGGCCACGGACCAAUUCCUAUAGAAAUAGCUUCUGCUUAAGCUCAGCUGUUCUGUGGAACAAUUUUGCCUCUGAUGUAACACAAGCAAAAUCUUUUUGCUAGCUUUCGGCAGCAGGCCUUAUUGUA